CUGGCAGACAGGCAGUGGGGAGAGAAGACCACGAUGCAGCCAACAAGGGCAGCAGCCUGGCUCUGAAGUGGAAUGAUGUGCUUCACACAGAUGGAAAGUCAUGAAUCAGGUCAUGAUUCAAUGGGAUGUGAUAAUAGCUCUUUACAUACUUGUCAACUGGUGUCAUGGAGGAAUUACAAAUAUAAACUGCUCUGGCCACAUCUGGAUAGAACCAGCCACAAUUUUAAAGAUGGGUAUGAAUAUUUCUAUAUAUUGCCAAGCAGCAAUUAAGAACUGUCAACCAAGAAAACUUUAUUUUUAUAAAAAUGGCAUCAAAGAAAGAUUUCAAAUCACACGGAUUAAUAAAACAACAGCUCGGCUUCAGUAUAACAACUUUCUGGAACCACAUGCCUCUCUGUACUGCACUGCGGAGUGUCCUGGACAUUUUCAAGAAACACUGAUAUGUGGAGAAGACAUUUCUUCUGGAUAUCCACCAGAUGUUCCUGACAAUGUAACGUGUGUCAUUUAUGAAUAUUCAGGCAACAUGACCUGCACCUGGCAUCCUGGGAAGCUCACCUACAUAGACACAAAAUAUGUGGUGUAUGUGAAGAGUUUGGAGACAGAAGAAGAACAACAGUAUCUUACCUCAAGCUCUAUUAACAUCUCUACUGGCUCAUUGCGAGGUGGCAAGAAGUAUUUGGUUUGGAUUCAGGCUACAAAUGCACUAGGCAUGGAGGAGUCAGAGCAUCUGCAUAUUCACCUAGAUGAUAUAGUGAUACCUUCUGAAUUCAUCAUUUCCAGGGCUGAAAAUAUAAAUACUACCAUUCCCAAGACCAUAAUUCAUUGGACUAGUCAAACAACAAUUGAAAAUAUUUCCUGUGAAAUGAGAUACAAGGCUACAACAAACCAGACUUGGAAAGUUAAAGAAUUUGACACCAAUUUUACAUACAUGCUACAGUCAGAAUUCUACUUGGAGCCAAACACUAAAUAUGUGUUUCAGAUGAGAUGUCAAGAAACAGGUAAAAGAUACUGGCAGCCAUGGAGCUCACCUUUUUUCCAUACAACACCUAAAAAAGUUCCCCAGGUUACACCUGAAUCAUUCCAGCAGGACACUCGGAAUUCUGGGCUUCUAAUUGCUUCUGUGUUUAAAGGACAUCUUACCUCUGAGAACAGAGAACAAGAUAUCAGACUUUUAUCAGGAAUGGUCUUCUUUGCCACUAUGUUGUCAGUUCUUUCUUUGAUUGGGAUAUUUAACAGAUCGCUCCGAACUGGAAUUAAAAGAAGAAUCUUAUUGCUAAUACCAAAAUGGCUUCACGAAGAUAUUCCCAAUAUGAAAAACAGUAAUGUCAUAAAAAUGCUGCAGGAAAAAAAUGAAUUUAUGAAUAAUAAUUCCAGUGAACAGGUCCUCCAUGCUGAUCCCGUGAUCACAGACAUAAGAGAAAUCUUCCUCCCAGAAGAACACAAGCCCAUGUACUACAAGAAGGAAAAUAAUAACCGACCUCUGGAGACGAGAGAUAGCCUACAGAAGGCUCUACUCACCAAUACAGUCGUGUAUAUUCCUGAUCUCAACACUGGAUAUAAACCCCAGAUUUCAAAUUUUCUCUCUGGGGGGAAACCUCUCAGUAAUACUGAUCAAACAGCUUCCUCAACUCUUAGAACACCUGUUGACUCCUUGGGUCUGGAAGGGAAUACCAGGUUAAAAAUAUAUCCUAAUUUUGUUUUUCCUGUCUCAAGUAUAAAUUCACUAAGCAACCCACUAUUUCAUGAAGAACUAAGCCUCAUUUUAAGUCAAGGUGAAUGCAGUCCUUCUGACCUGCAAAACUCAAUAGAGGGGGAAACCACCAUGCUUUUGGAAAACGAUUCACCCAGGGAAACUUUUCCAGAACAGACCUUGCUGCCUGAUGAAUUCGUCUCCUGUCUGGGCAUCAUGAGUGAGGAGUUGCCAUCUAUUAAUUCUUAUUUUCCACAAAAUAUUCUGGAGAGUCAUUUCAAUAGGAUUUCACUCUUGGAAAAAUAGAGCUGUGUGGUCAAAAUCAAUAUGGAAAGCUGCCUUGCGAUCUGAAGUUGGAUCUUCUCCUCAACAUAAAUUUGAUUCUGCCAUCUUUUAUAAAAAUUGAGAAUUAAGAUUCAAAGAUGGAAUGGACUUUGUGGUCACAAAAAAAUCAGCAAUAUUAGA